CAUGCAACAAUGCCCUACAUCAUCCGGAACAGAGAGUCAAAAGCUUCUUCACCCAGAAGUAGACUCGGCGAAUAUCCGCUCAGGAACAAAGAUCGGUAUCCUCCCCUAUUCUCAACACACCUCGGGCUCUCAAUCAUCAGGCCAUUGACAUCCGGGGCCCCUCCAGACAUUUCAUCAGAUUGAAAAACAUGCCUGAGAAAUGGACAGCGAAAGUUGCGGCAUCAUUCCGGCUCAACGGUGCAUUGCGGCCGUUCAGAUUGCUGCAGCAAGAUCUGCAAAAUCUGCCGAAGCGUUAUGUAUCUGAUUGGACUAUCUUCAAUCAAAUGAUCUUCGCUAGUGCCGUCUAUGUCUUUUUCACGAAUCUGUUACCAGGCAUCACAUUUGCCAGCGAUCUGUAUAAUUUGACCGGCGAGAAUUGGGGCACCAUCGAGGUGGUGCUCUCUACAGGGCUGUGUGGUAUCAUUUUCUCGGUCUUUUCCAUCCAACCCCUUACUAUUCUCGGUGUCACGGGACCCUUCUCCAUCCUCGCUGAGAAUAUCUACUCAUUAUGCAUAAAUUCGUUCCAUAUCCCCUUCCUUCCAUUCAUGGCAUGGUCCUUAAUUCAUUCAGCAUGGAUGCAUUACCUUCUGGCCAUCUUCAACGCUCACGAUUGGACCAUGCGUUAUGUCACUACUUUUUCCACCGAGAUCUUUUCGCUAUUGAACAGCAUCAUCUACUUCCACAAAGCUAUACAGGAACUUGAACGUGCGCAUGCCAAUUUGUCUUUCGCGGCAUUCUUAUAUGCCAUUAUUGGAGCUGUCGGGACUUGCCUGUUAGCCGUUUUCCUGUCAACCGCCUUGGCCUGGAAGCCGCUGUUUCACCGCUACAUCCGAAUGGGUCUCGCCGAGUAUGCGGCUGCUAUCAGUAUCAUAUUCUUUAUUGGCAUGCCUUAUAUCGGCGAGUUGGCCAGUCUAGACCGAGACACACUUCCCGUGAGCAAGUCCUUCCGACCUACUAGCCCUGAACGGUCCGUCUUUUUUGUAAAAUUCUGGGAGCUCGAGGCGUCCUGGAUUCUUGCAGCUAUCAUACCUGGAUUGAUCAUCACGACUUUAUUCUUCUUCGACCACGAAGUCAGUAGCAUUAUAUGCACCGUCCGAAGAUAUGGCACUCGUAAACCAGGAGGCUUCGCCUGGGACGUAGCUCUCCUGGGAACUACUACUGCCAUGUGUGGUAUCCUUGGAAUCCCACCUGCGAAUGGCCUUCUUCCACAAGCACCUCUGCACUCAGAGAGUCUCAUGCAUGAUGAACAUGAGCAGAUAACGCUUACAGGUGGCGAUGGAGAAGCGAAGACCGAGCUUCACAGCUCUCAGCGCGUCUAUGAACAGCGAUGGAGUCAUUUCCUCCACGCUGCUGGGAUCAUGCUCUUCGUCAGCCCACCAUUUAUGCAUAUUCUGGGCCUCACCCCAACAAGCGUGCUGGCUGGCUUGUUCUUGUUCAUGGGGGAGCAAAGUUUAGCGGUAAACCCUAUAUUGUUUCGAACCUUCUACAUGCUCACACCGCCAUCCGAGCUACCACGACUGCCACAGAGCGUUUCAUCAUACAUACCUAUUCAUGUGUAUACACUCACCCAGAUCAUAGUUACGACCGGGAUUUUUAUUCUUACGCUGACUAUAGCUGGCCCAGCGUUCCCGAUCAUCAUUAUUCUACUUGUGCCAAUUCGACUUUGCGCGAUGAACCGACUGUGGAGUCGAGAUGUCCUCCGCUACGUAGAUGCGUGGGCUUGUCGCGAUGGUAAUCCCGAAGACGACGAGGACACAAAGAGUGACUCAACAGUGAACCCUGCAGAUGCUGCUAGUUCUGGAAUUGAACUCACAGAUGUUGAGAGGGGCGCUGACGAGGUCUUGACACAACGGCAUACUAGAGAAGCUCGAGAGCACAGCGCGAAGGUGGAGCUGGAACAUGACAAAACUAUAUGAAUGCCGCUGUUCAGUUACGAUGUCGGCUUUCCUACUUGCUUUUCUCGUACUGGUUGACCACUUGGAUCAAAGGAAAGCAAUUACUUGGUCAUUCUAGAACUGUCUCUAUCUGGCUAGGAUUUGCCCCCGCUUUCUAUCCUAGUUUCAGCCCAUA